UGGCUGUUACGGAUUUUUCAUUCAAGGGAAGUCUGGUCAUUGAACACUAAUGCUUUACAUUGGGACAGUUGCUCUCUGUUCUUGUGGGUUUUUUUUUUUUUAAAGGUAAAAAUAUUAAGCUGAAGAACUGGUUACUGCGAGGUGAUUACGAUGGCGGGACAACAAUCCACAGUUUGAAAAGACUAGAAGGGAAAGGGAAAUAAUGUAUUAUUUUAGAAUUGUAAAAAGCAAAGUCAUGUAUACUAACGUUGCUGUGUUAUAGGAGAGUAAAUUUGUAGCUGUUAUAGUAGAAGAAAACAUUACCUCAGUAGAAACGUUUCAAGAACUGGAAAAUUUGCGGCAGCCUAGUAUCUCAGCAAAAACUUCUAAGGCUAAGAUGGAUCUUGUACUCAGUGCUGCAGAUUAUUAUUUUUUUACACCCUAUGCAUAUCCAGCCACAUGGCCAGAGGAUGACAUCUUCCGACAAGCUAUUAGUCUCCUAAUUGUGACAAAUGUUGGUGCUUAUAUCCUUUAUUUUGUCUUUGCAUCACUGAGCUAUUAUUUUGUCUUUGAUCAUUCAUUGAUGAAACAUCCACAAUUUUUAAAGAAUCAAGUCUAUCGAGAAAUUAAGUGCACUGUCCAGUCAUUACCAUGGAUUAGUAUUCCCACUGUUGCAUUGUUCCUGGUAGAGGUGAGAGGUUACAGCAAAUUAUAUGAUGACAUAGGAGAGUUUCCAUAUGGUUGGAUUCAGCUCAUCUUUAGUAUAAUAUCUUUCCUCUUUUUCACUGACAUGUUGAUCUACUGGAUUCACAGAAGCCUUCACCAUCGACUUGUAUAUAAGCACAUACACAAACCUCAUCAUAUUUGGAAGAUUACUACUCCAUUUGCAAGUCAUGCUUUUCACCCUGUGGAUGGUUUCCUUCAGAGUCUGCCUUACCAUAUAUACCCUUUUCUCUUUCCCUUACACAAGGUGGUUUAUUUAACUUUGUACAUCAUGGUCAAUAUCUGGUCAAUUUCCAUUCAUGAUGGUGAUUUUCAUGUUCCCAAAAUCUUAAGACCAUUUAUUAAUGGCUCAGCUCACCAUACAGACCAUCACCUAUUCUUUGACUAUAACUAUGGACAGUAUUUCACAUUGUGGGAUAGAAUUGGAGGCUCAUUCAAAAAUCCUUCUUCUUUUGAAGGGGAGGGACCGCUUAGUUAUGUGAAAAAGAUGACAGAAGAAAAAUGCAACAGCCAUGUAGGAAAUGGUUGUAAAAAUGAAAAAUUAUUCAAUGGAGAGUGUACAAAGAUUGAGUAGAUUGUUGCCCAAUUGUUCUUAAGUAUUUUUAAUAAGUAAAAAAUAGUCUACAUACAGCAAAAAGUCAUAGCAAGUAAAUGGUAUCAUUUGAAAAUCAGCAUUGUAGGUACUGCUGAGGAAUGAUCAUAGUGGUAGAUCCAAGGAAGAUGCUGUGAGCGCCAAGAUUUUAACUUCAUGCUUAAAAUGCCAGGUGUUGGUGUAAGGGACAACUUGGGUCUCUCUAGCCAGCAGAUCUAUAGUUCAUCUACCUGCAAUGUCAAUUUUUAGAAAGAUAGUUAUUGAGAGGACUAGGCUAUGUCUUUUUGCCUUAAUCCACCCACGUGCUGGGAAACAUCCAUUAUGCUUAAUAAUACCGAGACUAAGAACCAUAACAAAGAAAUACUUUGUUUCUGGAAUGGUUAAGUCUUGGGUGUUGGGAUGAAGAUAACGACUUGUACUUUGUUCAAGUGGAAACAUUAAUGUGAAAAAAAAAUACUGAUGUAACAUAUUAGCAGUUAUGUAAAUGACCUAAUUAAUAACGGGUAUAAUAAGAUUAUCAUCUUCCUACACAUGGGAAGCUUAUUCUCUGGGAACAUUAUCAAAUAUUUAACCUUUUAAAUUAAAUUGAUGCACUGCACUUUUGAUAUGUUUCAAAGUCACAAGCGUAUACUUUUCUCUAAAAGGAAAUAAUUGCCGAAUAUUUAGGCCAGUCACUGAAGAUUAGUUUUGAAAUCUUACUCUCCCUCUUCUCCCCUCUCUUCCCUGUUUUCUCUGCAAAAAAAUCAACAGAUACGUUCAUAAAGAAAUGAGCAUUGUAAUAUAUUAGGAAAACAUGGUUUACAAAGGCAUUCUAUAAGCCAUUUAUGUAAAAUCAAUAAAAGUUGGUAAUGGUUAUUAUUAAACUGUAUCAGUUAAAAAUA